GGGGAGGGAUGGGUGUCACUUUUAGUAAUUCUCUCAGUUUUUAUAAUACCUGUAUAGUAUAAUUUCAACUUGGCCAAAACACAAUUCAAAAAUACAUAAAAAUCUAGUUUAUAAUUAACUUUAAUGACGUAAUUGUAAUCUAGCCAAUGAUGUCAAGAGACAUACCAGUAAUCGUAUAUUCAGACGUCUGGCACUUGACGAAACAACACCAAAUGCUGCGAAUCAAUACAAUAUUAUAAAUGUUAAAGGAAACAUUGACAUCAGAAUGUCUGUUUUUGGAGCUUUAUUUUAUGUGAUUAGCAAUAAUAUUACGCCGAUUUUCGUAUGUGUAGCUAUAUUCCUUCUAGCACGAUGGUUGACUCAGCCAAAGGAUCCCUGGAUUCUUCCACCUGGGCCAUUUGCCUGGCCGAUCAUUGGAAAUCUUAACAAGAUCAUGCCCAAAGAAGGAGAUAACAGUGGAGCUAGGCGUGUUUUGGAAAUUGCCAGGCAAUAUAAAACGGACAUCUUAAGCUUCAAAAUCGGUUCCACACAAGCUAUCGUUCUCCGCAAGUUUGCAGAUGUGAAAGAGGCGUUUAGUAAAGAUGAGUUCACUUUCGUGAAUCCAACAGGACCUGUGAAGUUCAUUGCCCCUGGUAUAAUUGGCACUGAUGGAGCACAAUGGAAGGAGCAAAGACGAUUUGCUCUCUCUACAUUACGGGAUUUCGGCCUUGGUAAGAACAAAGCUCAGGACAUUAUACAAGAAGAAUUGCAGAAAGUGGUAGAGACAUUUAACGAGAGGGGAGGACAACCAUUCAACUCCAAAACGUUGAUAUGCAACAUGGUUUCAAAUAUAAUUUGUUCUUUGAUUUUUGGACACCGUUUUGAUUACGAUGACAAGACUUUCCAACGCAUUCUUUUCUGUAGCGAUCAAAUCAUGAAUUCUUCUAUGAGAUAUAUAAUUCUUGGUUAUCUUCUCCCGAUAUGGAUAAAGAAUAUCAUCCCCGGUGACCUAUUCCGAAUUGAGUAUGCGAAAUCACUGAUGAGCGAGAUUAAAAGAGAUAUUAUUCUGAAAAAAUACAAAGAGCACGUUGCUCAUUACAGCGAUGACGAGAGCCGGGACUACAUGGAUGCGUUUAUAAAGGAAAUGAAGACGCACAAAUCAAAGGGAAAAGAACAUUGGUUUACCGAGGAACAACUGCUUGACAAUGUAGUCGAUCUUUUCUUUGCGGGCACAGACACAUCAACUACAAUAAUCAGAUGGCUCUUCUUGUACAUGGCUAAUUACCAGGAGAUACAAGAGCAAGUCAGAGCAGAAAUACAGGACGUUUUGGGAGAUGGAAGACUGCCAACUAUGACAGACAAACAGAAUAUGCCAUUUACAGAAGCAACCAUUUUAGAAGUAAUGCGAAAACAACCAGUUGCGGAACUGUUAUAUACAAGGCAUACAUCAGAUGAUGCAACUGAGUUCAAGGGUUUCUUGCUGCCCCCUAGAACUUUGGUCAUACCCAACAUCUAUGCCAUCAUGAAUGAUCCUGAUCACUGGACGGAACCCGAGAAGUUCAACCCUCUGAGAUUUAUUGGGGAAGAUGGGCAAAUGAUCAAAGAUGACCACGUGUUGUCAUUUUCAAUUGGCAAGCGUCAGUGUCUCGGUGAGCCUCUAGCAAGAAUGGAACUAUUUUUGUUCUUUGUGGGCAUCAUGCAGAAGUUCAGAAUUGAGAUACCACCAGGAAGGGAAGCUCCACUGAAAGUUGAACUGGGCAGUGGGGUAGAUACACCAGUAAUAUCGGAGCUUUGUUUCAUAGGCAUUGAAUAACUUUACAUGCAUGUGAACAUGUAGUUUCAAGCGCUGUCGGAUAGGGGAGAUAUAUACAGUGGAGAACAUAAAGAAUUAGUAUAGCUGUGAAAAAUACAUGGUGUCGCACAGUCAUGUAAUAAAUUCUUGCCUCAGUGAAUUCAGUGCUCUAUUUUAUCCGUCUUAGUAAGUCCAAAUAUUGUGGAAUUUGUGUCCAAAAUGACAAAUAGGAACUUAAAGAUUUGAAGUGGAUAUUCCCACUCUUCAAAUGUUGAGGUGAUUUUGGAGCCCGAUUACGCCGCAAGGAGGAUUGGAUCCCAGAAUGCAACAUGA